AUGCACCUUGAUUUCGUCAAAUAUCUCUCCUGUGCCCUGACAGGACUUGGUCUAGUGACCUUAAUCGGUCCAACCCUACCUGCUCUUUACCUACUCGAAAGACUACGAUUCCUCCAUCAACCCAACCUAACCACCUGGAUCCUCCGUCUCGGCUGGAUCCUUGCCAUUGUCUCCACAGGAUGUCUUGAAAUCCUGCAUUCCAAAAUCCACACCUCCGUAUGGAUCUUCCUAUUCCUCGUCGCAGGAUUAUCCCACGCCUUCCUCAUCCCAUCCUACAACAGAUGCAUUCAAAACCAAGCCUGCGAUUCCGAAAAAGACGACGAUGAAUCCAAGGGCCUCCUCAAGCGCAAACCCCCCCCGAUCCUCUUAUACUCCAUCCUCCGGACAUGGGGCAUGUGUCUCGCUAUCCCGGUUAGCGGCACGAUCGUGCUGAAUCAGCUGCCUUGGGAUCCUGAACGUCGGUUUUUGGAUUUAAAUACGGUGGAAUUAGCGGCGUUGAUGCCCGGCGGAGAUCACGAUGGUUACGUCGAGGGGUUUCGGGUGUUGUGGCCAGUUUGGACAGGUGUUGCAGCAUUAGGGGGGAUAUCGUCGUUGUUUGUGAAGUGA